GGUGGAGGGGAGGGAACCUCCUCAGACCGCCUCGGCUCCACAAACACGUCAGAAACGCGGCGGAGCGACUGCGGGACGCGUCGUCCGGUACCCAGGCCUCAUCUCGAACCCGGUUGCGACGGGGCAGCAUCGCUGUUCCAGAACAGGCCGUAAUCCUCGCUCCCUUUGUUCCGGCGGCGGCCCGCGGGGGCCAUGACAGGGGGGCGGCAGCAGAAUCAGCCGACGGCAGCAGAAUGAGCGGGCCGGGCCGCCCGCGGGCCAGGCCUUCACCCCACGGCGAGCCGGACCCCCACAGGUCGCAGAGGUCGGCCCGCUGCUGACCUGCAGCGGCGAUGAGCUGAAGGAUCGCCAGGCGCUCGUUUCCUGUCCCGCCGAUUGAUACUUCCUGUUUCCUGUCUGGGGGGGACGCUUCCCCCCCCAAACCCUGCCAGAAGUGCCUUCGGUCCGUGAACCGAUCCGUUUCUCCUCACGUCCUCAUUUGGACCCUUCAGAACCGCGUCGUUGGUCCAGCUGUCGCCAUGGUUACCCUGCAGUCCAAGUGGCGCUUCCUGUUCAUGUUCCUGGGCAUCCAGCUGGUCGUCAUGGCGCUGCUGUCCCGGGAAGGCUACCACAAACGGGUCAGCUACUUCAUCCGGAUCUUCCGUAAAGGCGAGGCGGCCGGCCCGGUCCGGAACCGCACCGGCGCCGCGCUGGGCGACGUCUACGCCAACCUGUCCAACCUGUCCCGGGGACACGGCCACGCCGACGACAUGCCGUACUGCCCCAAGGUGUCCCCGCUCAUCGGCGGACCGAUCCACGUCAGCUUCCCGUCCGGCCUGACCCUGGCCCAGGUCCAGAGGAAGAACCCUUUGGUGGUGAGUGGGGGGCGGUACCGGCCGCCAGACUGCGAGGCCCGCCACCGGACCGCCAUCAUCAUCCCGCACCGCCACCGCGAGCAUCACCUCAAGUUCCUGCUCUACUACCUGCACCCGUUCCUGCAGCGGCAGCAGCUCAGCUACGGCAUCUACGUCAUCCACCAGGCGGAGAAUUACACCUUCAACCGGGCCAAGCUGAUGAACGUCGGCUUCCGGGAGGCGAUGAGGGAGGAAGACUGGGACUGCCUCUUCUUCCACGACGUCGACCUCAUCCCCGAGGACGACCGCAACCUCUACGUCUGCGACGCCAACCCCAAGCACGCCGCCGUCGCCAUGGACAAGUUCGGCUACAAGCUUCCGUACAAAAUGUACUUUGGAGGCGUGUCGGCGCUGUCACCGCUGCACUACCUGAAGAUGAACGGCUUCCCCAACAACUACUGGGGCUGGGGCGGCGAGGACGACGACAUCGGCAUCAGGGUGUCUCUGGCAGGGAUGUUCAUCAGCCGUCCGUCUCUGAAAGUCGGCCGCUAUAAAAUGAUCAAACACAAGCUGGACAAGGGCAACGACGUGAACCCCAAGAGGUUCAACAUGUUGGCGAAGACGCGUCAGACCUGGAAGAUGGACGGCAUGAACACGGUGGAGUACGAGGUCAUCUCCAGGGACUACCUGCCUCUCUACACCAACAUCACCGUCAACAUCGGGACGGAGUCCGGCCUGCACCCGCCUGCGCCGAAACCCGCUGCAGCACAGAGAUCCGCUGCAGCACAGAAAGCUGCUGCAGCACAGAGACCCACUGCAGCACAGAAAGCUGCUGCAGCACAGAAUCCUGCAGCAGAAAAAGCUGCAGCACAGAUAUUUGCAGCUAAACUCCGGGAGAAACUUGCUGUGAAAUAAUCUUGUUGGUGUGAUUUCUAGUAGAAUGAAGCGAUAGCUCCCCCUUGUGGCUCCUGCGGUCGUCUGGAGCUGCAGAGAGGAGGAACCCGGUUGGACUCUGUGAGUUUGUGUGUCAGGCGCUGUCGCCGCUGUAUAAACCGAGAGGCCUUAGAAUCACGUCUUUUCUCUUCACGUAGAGCUUAGAGCAUAGAGCGUUUAGAGGAGGAAGCUGCUGGAGCGUUUUCUGAUCAGCUGAUUCACUGACCGGGCCUGUUUCAGAUUCACUGCUUCAGUUUCUGUUCUUCCCCGUUUCCUGUGGAUGAUCAAUGAAUUCCCGCUUUUUCUUCACUCCGACGGCUGAUUGUGUGAAAACAUUUCUUAUCCUCUGAGUUUGGCAGAAGAAACCAAAGAAGAAGUUUUUAUUCUUCAUAUCAUUUGAUGUUAGUUUGCUUGAAGCUCCAGGUUGCGUCAGACGCCUGAGUUAUCACGUAGAUGGGACGUGGCCUUCGACACUCCAGCCUGGUUCUGAUCCAUAAACGGCAGUUUGGGUCAGAAAGACUGAGACUUUUACUCCUGGAGGAGAGGAUCUGAACGGGACGGGUAUCACUGGGUUCUGGUGUCGGUUCAUUUCUGUUCUCCUUUCCAACUUCUGCACAGUCCACAGUGGCCUUAUAAUCAUAAACAAAUUCAAAAUAGAAAUGUUCUGUUGGGUUUUUAUUGCUCAUAUGAAACAGAAAAUCAGUGAAUGGAUUCAUCCAGCCACCGCCGACUAACCCAGAGCCAUCACUUUAGUUCCUCUAACGCUAAGACGCUAUGCUAACGCAAUAGUUAGCAGACGCUAAUGCUACAGCACAACACCAACAAGGUACUUAAUGCACAGCAUCACAGGUGGAGAAGAUUUCAGGAACAAAAAUGUAUUUUGCAAAUCAGGCUGUUUGAUUUGGACUGGAAAAUGUGACCUUAGUGAUGCAGAACUAAACAUUUUUAUUACGGAAAAUAUUUACAAUAUCUGUCCUACAACCCUCCAGCUCCAGUUUAAUUUUUACAUUACAUAUUCUAUCAAGCCCUUUGAUACUGUAUUUAUGUUCAUCACUCAUUUUGUUCCUGAAUGUUUCUCGUUUGAAAUGGUUUUUGGGGAAUGUGAAAACUUGAUGACAGGAAAUGGAAAUGCUGCGUAAAAAUCUUCACUCACUUCAAAAUAAUCAAAAUAAAUGUUUGACCAACA